CGUUAGAUUUUGAAAGGAAGAAUAUAUAUUUAAUUACUUCAUGGUGUAACGAAUUUAUCUACGUAUGUGAACAUUUUAAAGUACCUGCAUUAGGCACAAAUUGAAAAAGUCUUCUAUUUCAAAAUAAAAUUGUAGUCCACGUAAUGAUUGAAAGCGGUAUAAGUAGAAUAGUAAUGCUAGAAGAGCAACAAUAAAUUUGCACAACUGAUUUAUGAAGCAAUUCUUUCAAUAAUCUGUUAAAAUUAUCAAGAGAAUCGUUUUAUAAACUUUAUCUCUCAAAUCUUAUACGUUCUGUAUUUCUCGUAGAAAAAGUAUUUAAGAAAUACAUUGGCCUGGAGAUUCAGCAAGAAUAAAUGCAAUGGCAUACCAUGUGGAGAUAGAAGCAGUCUGCAGUACAGAAUGAGCUGCACCGUAAAAAAAAGUAAACUGAAUGGACAUAAUAAUACGGAAAAGAACAUAUGCUUUGUGGAAAUUAAAUUUGGUUAAUAAGAAUGGGGCUGUUUGAAUUUUUUAAAAGAAUAUUAGGUUGGGCAGAUGAAGGAUCUCGAAAACGUAAAGUCAGUGACUCGUCUGAUUCCGAUUCCAAGUAUGGAAGCUCCAAAAGACCUUGUUGCAACCACACGGAUGACGAAGAUAUUUUCAUAGAUUUAGAGGCAGACACUGAAAAUUUCAAGAUGCAACUGUGUAGCAAAGAAGGAAUAAAACCAUCAAGUACACCACAUUUAACAAAAGAUUCCAGCUGCGGUAGGAAUUCAUUUCCUGCAUUUAGGCCACCUGCUUUAAAGGAAUCAAACGAGUAUCUUUCUCAAUAUGAUCAGCAGAGUCCUGCAAAGUUAAAUUGUUUCGGUGACAAGAAUUCUAGUUGUUCAAACAUGACUGUAAACAGUAAACAAUGGAAUUCGUUAAAGACUCAUCAAUUGCAGGGAAAAAAGCAAUACGGGGAGUUGUUACAGAAUUUUACUUCACACCGGAUUAAUGGUUCAAGACUUAAACAAAAUGCAACACUUGGUUCACGGAUAGAGGUAAUAGAUGUAGAACAAUACCAUCAAUCGAGUCCCUCCCACAAUGAAAAAAGGACUUCCAAUUUCGGGAAGACAUUCACGUAUUCUCGAUCAACACCAUUGAAUGUUUCAAGCAAAAGCAUAUUGAGCAGCAUCAAGAUCAACUCUCCAAAGAAUACAGCAUUCACUUCAUUUUCAAACGUACAACUGAAGCAAGAUGACGGUACUAGCAAAUCUAAGUCACUGCUCAGUCCAAAUAUCUGUUUCCCACCAUCCAACUCACUUCGAGAUCAAUUUGCCUGUAAAGAGGUUCUGAAAGGAGACUAUAUUUUACAAGUUGCUAAACGUCACAAUGCACGCAUCGAGCAACGCUCUAAAGAAGCGAAAGAGUUGGAGAAAAUGACCCAUAUCCUAAGUAAACACAAUCAAUUGGUAAGAGAGGCAGCUUUAGAAGAACAACUGACUCGCUCCAUGCGAUUAUGCGAAGCUAUCAUCGAUGACAGAGAGGAAUUAGAAGAGCCGAGUCUUCCAGAACUUACGGAUAGUAUGCUAAAAGAGAUAAAAAGUGCCGUCUCACUACGUUCGUCCAAUGAAGUACUCGCCGAAGGAUUUGGCCUAAGAAUUACCAGGAAGGACAUUCACACCUUGAUAGGACUUAACUGGCUGAAUGACGAAGUUAUAAACUUCUACAUGAAUUUACUUAUCGCAAGGGGUAGCAGCGAUAAGUUUCCUACGGUCCAUGCUAUGAACACGUUUUUCUAUCCAAAACUUCUGGCCGGAGGCCACAGUUCUCUUAAACGUUGGACCAGGAAAGUAGACAUAUUUGCACAAGACUUGGUCGUUGUUCCGAUUCACCUUGGAAUACAUUGGUGCAUGUCGAUCAUCGACUUUAGAGCUAAAACUAUAAAUUAUUAUGACAGUAUGGGAGGUAGCAAUCAAAAGUGCUUAUUAGCUUUGUCGCAGUACCUAAAAGAAGAGAGUCUCGACAAGAAGAAGAAGCCGUACAAUUUAAGCGAUUGGAAGAUGGAAUGCGUCAAGGACAUUCCACAGCAAAUGAAUGGGAGUGAUUGUGGAGUGUUCUCUUGUAUGUUUGCCGAAUAUAUUUGUGGGAACAAAAAAAUAACGUUUACUCAAGAGGACAUGCCGUACUUUAGAAACAAGAUGAUAUAUGAGAUUGUAAAGGGAAGGUUAUUAUAAUUUCUAAUGAGAUGUGUAAUGUGUAUGUACAUUCGAGUGAUAUGUUUUGAAGUAGCUCUUUCUUUAUGUCUUUCCUUUUCACUGUCAUUGAUUUCUAGAUGAUGCCUUCGAAUUCACCGGUGAAGGAGAUCAAUUUCUUAAUUAUCAAUAGUUAUAUUUAUAGCAGUUUUGAAGCUGCGAUAAUGUGUUGUAUAUAAGAAAGAAACAAGAUGCAUUCUGUAGUUCAAAAGCAGAGUCAAUUAGAAAUGUCUCUUGUCAUAUAUCUGAUGCUCUUUCGUAGUAGCAUCUUUUAAGUAUUGUUUAUAACAAUAUACUUUGUUGUAGAAUGGAAAUUUGCAUAUAUUAUAUUUGAUAUUCAUAUUCCAUAAUUUUUUGAUAAAAGUAAUUGAAAUUGUAUCACUAACAAAUUCGACUUUAUAAGAGAAAAUGGAAAGUAGAAGUACAUUAAUGAUUAAAUUAUAUUAAAAUGUAAUUGUACGGAUUCUGUAUUCAAGGAACAAUGAUUCGAGGAACUUUGUCAUCAUGGUUUUUAAUUGGUAAAACGGGAAUUUAGACAUUUAUUCGAUUCUCCUAACGUAUGUGUACAUGAAAAGGUGAUCAAAUAUUGUAUACAUAAAUUUUACCUAUUGAUUAAAGAAUGGAGAAAGUUUUUUGUUAUGUUGAAUACAAAUCAUUGUCAUCUUUCACUUGAAA